GCCAGGAGCCAUUAGCACCCUCGCUAAAAAACCGGGCUGGCCCCGGACCCCCGGGUGCCUCUCUAUAAAUGCUAGAGCAACCGUCGAGUUAAUAAGCAAGUGCCUGCUCAUAAUCAAUUGUGUGGUUGAGCAAACAGCAGUCUCAGCUGACAGGGCCAUUCUGGCAAGGCCGGAGUUUAGAAGGAUGAGGAUGGGCGGAAGCCUGGCCGGGCCGGUGGCGCUCGUCGCCGCGGUGUGCCUGCUGCUGCCGGCGGCGAGCCUGGCGCAGCUGCAGGUGGGGUUCUACAACACCUCCUGCCCCAACGCCGAGGCGCUCGUGCGGCAGGCCGUCACGGCCGCCUUCGCCAACAACUCCGGCAUCGCCCCCGGGCUCAUCCGCCUCCACUUCCACGACUGCUUUGUCAGGGGCUGCGACGCCUCCGUCCUCCUGAAGGUGAACCCCGGCGGCGGCAGCACGGAGCGUGACGCGCCGCCGAACAACCCGAGCCUCCGCGGCUUCGAGGUGAUCGACGCCGCGAAGGCCGCCGUGGAGCGCAGCUGCCCGCGCACGGUGUCCUGCGCCGACAUCCUCGCCUUCGCGGCCCGCGACAGCGUCAACCUCACCGGCAGUAACGCCUUCUACCAGGUGCCCGCGGGUCGGCGCGACGGCAACAUCUCCAGGCAGGACGACGCUCUAGAUAACCUCCCGGGUCCGAACAGCACGGCGCAUAACCUCACCGAUGGGUUCGGCCGCAAGGGCCUCAGCGCCGAGGACAUGGUGGUGCUCUCCGGUUCCCACACCAUCGGCCGCUCCCACUGCGACUCCUUCCUGUUCAAGAAC